AUGAAUUCCAAAGUGUUACUUUUUCUAGCUAUGUUGUUGGCCACCAUCCUUCUCAUAUCUGCUGAGGCUGCAUCCAAAGAUAGUGACGAGAAAUUCAACAAUAAUGAUGAUAAUAUGGAAACAAAUGGUGUAGCUGAUGAAGGUAAAUAUGGCUAUGGAUGGGGUUGGGGUUAUGGUGGCCCAUGGCGUGGUGGUUACGGCGGUCCAUGGCAUUAUCAUGGCCGACAUGGUCAUCAUCACGGUGGUUGGCGUGGAAGAGGAUAUUAUUGUCUUUAUGGUUGCUGCAGUCGUUGGAGCUACUAUGGAGGUUGCAGGUGUUGCUAUCCUGGGGAAGACCAAAAGGUUAAUACUAAUUAUGUAAAACCUAGCAGUUAA